GCUUAAUAGUAAUCAGGAUGAUAUGCAGAAUUGAACAAGUAAAUAUUAUUGUAACUAAAUGUUACUUAGCGUUUCUUUAAAAACUAUAAAUAAUCUAGCAGCGGCGUUUAAAUAAAUAGUAUAGUUUUGUCUUCCCAAUUAAAAUGUUGGUGUACUUAAUAUUGGCUAUUUUACUUUUCGUUUUCUACGUGAAAUGGCAGCAUACUUAUUGGAAGAGGCACGGAGUGUAUCAGUUUGAUACUGACUUCUUAUUUGGUGAUACCAAAAAUGAGAUGUUGGGUAAAUCAAGCAUUUUCCAAGCGGUCAGAGAUAAAUACAAUCAACUGAAAGCCCAAAACCUGAAAUAUGGAGGUGUCUACAUGCUGCUCAAGCCAGUUUUUGUGCCAGUAGACUUGGACUUAAUAAAAAGAAUCGUCGUCAAGGACUUUUCCUACUUUCAGGGUCACAUUGACAACGUUCAUCCUAAGGACAACCUUAGCAUGAACCUUUUUGGUCUAUACGGCGAUCCAUGGAAGAAGCUAAGAAUCAAGCUCACUCCAGCGUUUACUUCUGGUAAAAUGAAGUUGAUGUUUGAUACUUUAGUGGAAAAAACGAAAGGCUUGGAGGAAUUAGUGAGGAGUCACAUUAAAAAUAAUCAACCUCUUGACAUCAAAGAAGUGAUAGCUAGGUUCACUACGGAUAUAAUUGUCAGCUGUGCAUUUGGGCUCGAAAGUAACAGUUUGGAGGUAGCUGAAACCGAGUUCCGUAAAUAUGGAAGAAAAGUGUUCGAUUUGAAGGCUUGGAGGAUGGUUCUUCUUAAUAGUGUUCCGCGUUCACUGCUAACAUUAUGCUAUCAUUUAGGAUUUACCGCGUUUCCUAGAGACGUAAGCCAAUUUUUCAAUAAAACAGUUCAAGAUACCAUUCGCUACAGGGAGGACACAAAAUUGUACAGAAAGGAUUUCAUGCAAUUGCUGUUAGAAAUGAAGAACAAGGAAAACGGAGCAAUAAAUAAAAUUACAGACGAAGAGAUAAUUUCACAAUGUUUUGUAUUCUUUAUCGCAGGCUACGAGACAUCGGCAACCACCACAACUUUUGUUUUACUUGAAUUGUCUCAGAAUCAAGAUAUCCAGGAGAAACUAAGAGCGGAAAUCAGGGAAGUCUUGGAAAAACACGAAGGAGCGAUUACUUACGAUGCCAUCAUGGAAAUGACGUAUCUGGAAAUGGUUAUUAACGAAACUCUAAGAAAGUACCCUCCAGUACCAAUGAUCCCCAGAUUCUGCACGAAGGAUUAUCACGUUCCAGGCACAGACGUAACUAUUAAAAAAGGAACUCAGGUUCAUAUUCCAGUUUGGGGCCUUCAAACCGAUCCGGAAUAUUUUCCAAACCCGGAAAAAUUUAAUCCAGAGAAUUUCAGUGCGGAAAAUAAAUCCAAAAUUCCGGAAAUGGUCUUUAUACCUUUCGGAGAGGGACCCAGGAUGUGCAUCGGGUUGCGUUUUGGAAAGUUACAGAGCAAAGUUGCUCUGGUCAGUUUAUUGAGAAACUUUAAUUUUACUCUCAGUGAAAAAACUCAUACUCCUAUCGAGUUUGAGAAAGUGAGUUUUAUUUUAUCCGUUGAAGGGGAUGUAUGGUUGAAUGCAACGGAAAUUUAGGAGGAAAAUGUGUGAUAAUAUUAUAAUAAAUUUAUUUCUGGAUUGUAUAUUAUUAUACAGGGUGAGUCUUAAAUAAGUGCAAAUAUUUUCAGGGCUGGGUAGAUCUCGAUAAAAGAAACAUAUUUUUUCUUUGCCGUUUUUCAAAUAGGUCUAAAAUAACCCGGAUAUUUUACUUUAAAAAUAAAAAAAAAUGAUUUACUUUUUAAAAAUUUUGGGAGCCACCGAACUUUUUCUGCGUUUGCAUCUCUUUUAGUGUUUUCAAUUUUUUUUUUGCGAAAAAAUAUUUGCAGUUAUUUAAGACUCACCCGGUAUAUCUAAUGAAAAGCCUGAAAAUGUCCAUUUUAGUAAUUAAUAUUUAAUUGGUUAAAAUAGUGUGUAGUUAUUUUUAAGUAAAUUUUAUAAUGUACCUUUAAAUGAUAAGAAAUUGAGGUUAUUAUUAAUUAUUAAUAUUAAUAUUGAUGUGUAUGUUAUUAAAAAAAUACAAGGUGUCCAAAACGUGUGAGGUCGUGUGUUUUAAAAAAAGAUUAAAAAAUACAGGUUCGUAUUUGUAAAAAAAUGAUCUUUUUCGUACCUAUUGUGGUUUCCGAGUUUCCAAUUGUCACCCUCAUUUUUCGGACAGUCUGUACAUUAAGACAGACUUUAUGUGUGAGAUUUAUUUUGAAUAAAGAAUUAAAAAAAACAGUAUAGUUUAUGUACAAUAUGUUGAUAAAAAUUAA